AUGGAUCAAGGCUCUUACAGCAGACCAGAUGGUCGUGGCCAGCCCACCCUGUCCGGUUCCUCAGCCGGCAACAACAACUACCAGGUCAACGUCAGCCGCCAAAAGACGAAGAAAUGGGUCGAGGCCAAGUCGCAGAAUUACGAUGGCGAUGACUGGGGCGCCGACGAGUACUCCGAAGACGAGGUAGAGCCGCCUCUGCCUUUCUCGCCCCAUGGUCCUCAGCAUGACGCUUCUCGCAGCGCAUCAAGCGUGCCGUCGCUGCAUAGUGAAACCAGCCCGGCAUCGCAGCCAUUGCAACCACCACAGCAGUCCCGGCCCUAUCCACCUCCUUCAUCGCGACCCCCUCCACCCGCGAUCGCGCAGCCUCGCCAGGCGCCUAAUACCUCCUCGUCAGCUCAGCCAGGCUCUACCUUACCGCAAUCUGCCGGCGUUCUCCAGCCCCAGAGCGCUUCCUCGACCUUGCCACUGUCGCCUCGCUCGCCGCCAGAAAAUCUUCCAUCAGCUGCCUCGCAGGCUGCCACCACGAGCAAGCCUGUCCCUCUUGUUCGGCCUUCAGAUAUAUAUCGACGAAUGGAAGAGGAAAGGGGUCGCGGAUCUUCAGAAAGUUCGCGCCCGAGCGCCGAAAUUGCUUCCAACGUGUCUAAGCAAAGCUCAAAUUCUCCAGCAAGAACAGUUGCCGAGCCGGUGAGAACUCAGUCUCCAAACGUCCCAACACCUGCGCCGCGCACCGACAGCCGGAACGUCAUCUACCAGGAUUUGACAAAACCUUCGUCAAGUCGAGCAUCGCAGCAGCCACUGGCCCCUUCGCCACCCCCAUCAGUAGCGCCACCAUCGCAAUUUGUGACGCCUGGGCGCGACGCUGCCCCUACCAAUGAAGAGACCAAGCGCCUAUCCACGAGCCCCAAGCUCCCGGAUCUCGCCCGUAUAUCUGUCUUUGGAGCCGACUUUUUUUCCAGUGGUUUUUCAUCACUGUCGUCCGAGCAAAUGGCUGAACAAAAGAUCCCUGAGGUACCGAAGGUGGCACCAGCAUUAAAAGUGGAUAAGCCUACCUCAGAGGCGAAGCGUUCUCCCACAGAGGCUUCACAAGCUUCCACGGACAAGACUGAGGUCGCUUCAGUUCCUUCGGUUGCCAUGGAGAAUGCUCCUCUCCAGCACGAAGCCAUCGCACCGACACCGCAUCAGGCUUCAACCGUCGCAGUCGAAAGUCGAGAGUCAAAACCGAUCACGACACCUGCGGGACCCAAGCCAUCUGACCCCGCAAAGCAGUCCGCCGCGAGAUCCUCUAUUGAGACGGCAUCGAGCUCUCGCUCGGCUACCUCCGCAGUUGACAUUACCCCGACAAAACCUCUUAAUGUCCGCAAAGAUGACAGCCCCGUACGAACCUUUGAACCCCCGCCACCCCUCCAACGUGAACCGACAUUUGGUACAGAUACGUCAUCGCCUGUAAAAGAAAGUGAUAUGCUUAGAGAUGAAAUCUUCAAGACACUCAAUUCGCCAACCCAAUCGAGCAGACGGGAUAGCGAGACUGGACCGAUUGAUGGCGAAAGACAAGGGUCACAAAGCCGCCCGAGAGACAGCACCUAUACCCUCCAGGACUACGAUAGCUACUGGGCUGAUGAUGCCACCGCGCCUGAAAGUUCUACUCAGCCACUCAAGUCGAUGAGUAUUGUACCGGAAGAGACUUCAGAAGUCGUGGCGGCGCCUCGAUCUCGAGGUCCCGUUGCCAAUGCAUUGGAGUCUUGGAAGCCGACUGAAGAGGCCAAGCCAGCAGCAACCCCACCUCCUACACAGCCAGCAGCCUCUGCUCAGCUCACGCCUCAAACAUCAAUCGACCAGUCUUCAUCAUCGUCUGCUGUGCCACAAGCACACCAGUCUACUGCUGCUCAACAGCUUCCAGAUGACUCGAUAGCCUCCCCUACUAGCGCAGACCUCCGCCGCAGGUUCUCCUGGGAGGCAGAGACAUCCAAGGCGCAGUCAAUGGGUAAUGGCGUUGCACCUACCACCGCCGCGGCUCCGCCACCUGUGCUCUCGCCCGCGCCCAUCUCGGAUCCUGACCCGGCUCCGGCUCUUGCUGCAACGACUUCGUCUCAUGCCGAUCCUAAGCUGGGGCCAGAAUCAGCAUCUCGCGAUCAACAGCCUGACGCUUCUGCUCUUAAUGUAAGCACACCAGCUUUUGCUGCCACCGAUGGCAGCUCGCAAGAGUCUAGGCGUAUCUCGCUUUCGGAUGAAAAGGCCAUGUCGGCUACAACAUCAAACGAAGCUUCCUCCGAGGAGCAUCCCGCUUUGAGACUAUCUGAUCCGGCUCCGGCUCCUGUUUUGAGCAUGCCGAGAAUCCCUGGAGCGAGUGUGACUCCGUUCAGAGACAUCGUCAGCCUUGGCAGUUCUGCCGAGAGAAUCGCCAAAUUCAACGAGACGAGAGUCGCUUUUGCUGUCAUGGAUAUCGGGCUCGACACGUGGCUCAGGACCCUUGAACAGGAUCACCCAGACCGUCACUCCAAAAGCUUCAACUCGUAUCAACCACCUAUCACUUCCCCAACUGAAGUGUCAUCGGGAGCUCAACCACCAGCGCAGCAGCCUUACUACCAGCAGUACUUGAAUGCGAGCGCUCCCGGCAGCGGACCACCGGCUGGUCGCCGCAUUGGUGGAAUCACCAUGCCGUCCAACGUAGGCGGGAGCACCUUUGGCCAUUCUGGAAACCAAAUCGGAACCAAGAGCAAGGAGCUUAUGCAAUCGGCGGGUAAAAUGGGCAAAGGACUAUUCAGCAAGGGCAAGAACAAAUUGCGCGGGGACAAGGGCGAUACACAUCCACCGCCAGCACAAUCCAAGGCCAAACACGACCGCUCCGGUUCCUGGGCCGUACUCAGCAGCAAAUUGCGCACCGAGUUCUCCUCGUCCAGAGACCAUGAGCACUCGCAGCAACGGCCCCAGCAGCGCCAGGAAGAAUACUCGGCUCCAAGGCCGAGCAUUACCAUUGCGCCGCAAAUUCCGGAGCCCGAGCCCGUUUCACCGCUGCUGCGUGAAGCGUCCCCAGAGAAGUCCCUACCAGCCGCGCAAACUUCCACGCAGCCCGUUGUGCACAAUCAAUUUGCAGUCGGCGCCAAGUUUGAUCCGACAUCUUCAACUUCCUCUGUCCCUCUAUCCGGCCGGAUUCGCAUUGUUCCGUCGGAGACUGUGCCUGAUCCUACCAGCGCGGGUGCUCCAGUCAUGUCGCCUCCGGUUGCCGAAGAAAAUGGAGUUGGGAAGCUUGCGCGGACCGAAGAGUCUGACGAUGCGCCCAAGAGACAGUCUUCCUUUGUUGGUUUGCCACCCAUUCGCAGAUCUUCAACCUUUGGUGUAAAGUCCAAGACUCGUCGCGCUGCUGAACGCUUCCCUCUGGACGAAGAGGGGGGUCACGAUGUUCCCGACCUACCCACAAGCGACGUGAUGAAAAAUGCUCUCAGCCAGCAAGAUGCGCCUAAGCAACUGCAUCAUGAGCAGCCUGGCGCUCUAGAGCUAGGUGCAGCUUCUCAGACUACCGGUAAGGACGGUACCGCGGUGCAGCAUCGAUCUGACUCCGUUGAGCAUUCUCUUGCAAGGCAGCCUGCGGUGGCGCCCCCACCACAGCCUCAGCCCAUGCGCCAGCCAGAACAUCCACCUAUGCUGAUGUAUCCUGGGCAAUCCGGCCCCUGGAGGCUCGAGGAGAGCCACCUGGCAGAACCUCUGCAUCAAGCCAAGAAUCGCUCUGGCCACAGCCCCAUCUCUCCGCCCAUGAACUAUGGCUUCGACAAGGAGACCGGGCACUCUGCCAUGAUGCCCCCGCCGUCGCUGCCUGCAGGCAACAUUCGACAGCGCAGCCCAGAUGUCCCGCCCUCGUCUGCACAACGCUACCCGGGCCUCUUUGCGCCGCAUCCUGACCAGGAUCCUCUGCAGCGUCAGGGGGGCUCUCAGUCGUACUACGAGGAGAUGGCGAACCCGCGUCGUAGCAGCAACGAGUACUCAAUCCCGGGUGUCGGGCCGCCUGCUGAGGAGAGAGGCCGCGUCAAGCGAAACUCGGGCAUGUUUCGGGAUAUUGGUGACAAGAUUGUGCGCGCGGCUUCGCGUGACCGGAGAAACUCGAUCGCGGAGAACCGACCAGCCACUGACGCGCACGCUGACGAAGCUUCUGAAUCGAGCUUUGGCGCCGAAGAGAUGCAGGACCGCAAGAAGCGCCGCUCCAGCUUCCUCAACAUGCUUACGGGACGCGCCUCCAUGGAUCAGAGCUCUCAUCAGGGGUUUUCCGCCCCUCAGCGCUCUCACACUGAUGCUUUACCUCUGUCAUCAUCGGACGGCCUCGCUACCCAGAAGCGUUCCGUGCUUGGCGGUGUCAUGGCUGGCUUUGGUGUAAGCAAGGGUGGCUCAUCCAAUACACCUGCUUCAGGUCUCGUCGACCAGUCGGCAGUAGCAGACGACGAACUUCCGCUUACACCGAAAAAGAAACGUUUCUCCGGCAUCGCCAGGGCCUUUCAACGACCCAACCAGGACCGGCCUUCCUCUGGCAUGUCACUCCGACCUUCUUCCGGCUUGUCACUCCGCCCCUCUUCCGGCAUGUCUUUGGAGCCGACCCCGAGUGGUGGAAGCAGCCAAGGAAACACUCGCAGUGGGAUCUUUUCCAGCAUGCCCUUCCGCAACAAGGAUCACGGCGAUUCUGCUGGUCAGACGGCGUCAGCUAAUCCCGAGCAAAACCGCCGUGCUUCGUUCUCCAAUCUCCUCUCGAGUUUGGCUGGCAUCAAGAGCCAACAGCAAGAGCAGCAGCAUGCUGUCCCGAUUCAGGGCAUGGGAGGCAAUGCCUCGAAUGAAAUGCCUCAGAAUAUUCCUCCUCCUCCGCAUCAGAAACAUCCCGCGGAUGCCUUCCCGUCGUCGUCUGGUGACGCCCUGGCUCCUACUUUGCCCAACCAGUUCGUGGGUCCGCCUCAGCAACUUUCCAACGCUGGUGAAAACGAAGGGGGUAUUGGCCGGCCUCCUACCUCUACGACUGUGACGGCCAGCGAUACCAAGCCUGAUGCCGACGAAUCAACCGCGAGUAGCGCCGCCACUAUACCCGCCACUGUACCCAUCGUUAGCGAGCUGCCCCUGCCCGCUGCCCAUGCAAAUACCCAGCGUGACGGAGCUUCUGCUCCAUCCGAAAUUUCAGAUUCCGAGACGGGCAUUGCGGGGAAUACUCGCAAACCCCCUGAUGUGACGCCGUCGAUUGCUUCUCAUACUGACGACGAGAGUGCCGACAUCACCCGCCAGGAUACCAACGUGAGUCAAAUGACGUCAAGUAUCGUCACGGACGUCCCCCGCCAAGAUGAGCAGCAGCAGACACCCACCGCGCAAGAUCCAAAGAGCCCUGGUGGCUCUCUUGAGCAUAACCAAAUGUCUGGCACAGCUGUUCCCUCCGCGGUGCCUCAAGCAUACUCUCAACAGCAUACUGUGCAGCACCAACGAGAUCCUUCUUACUUGUCUACGGGGCCCAGUUACAGUCAGGGCACUAGCCAGCCCGGUCUCGGUCCCAACUACGGUCAAGAUACCUCGCUUUCCAUGCAAUACCCCAAGAAUCAGCAAGAGCAGCAACAUUUUCAGCCUAGUCUUUCUCAGCCUGUUUCACAAGCUGAGCAAGCCAGUGCAUCGCCCAAGGGAUGGAGAGGGCUCAAGACCAAAGUGGCCGGUCAGAUGGCCAGCAUCAGCCAGUCUCCUAAUAGCAAGGGCCAAGACAGGCAAGACCAGGGAGGCAAGACCACGCCGAUGGAUAAACUUUUUGGCGCCCGCAAGAGACUAUCUAAACAGCAGGGUUCGUCUGGCGCGCAGCAACAGAGGGCCUUGCCGCGAGACGGCGCUGAAGGAGUGGAGCCAUCGCCAGGUUUCCGCGUCUUUGCAAGGAAUCAAGGUCAGCCUUUCGUGGCUCAGCCUCAGCAGUUACCGCCGCAGCAGAUGCAUACGGGACAAGGACACCACCUUCAGCAACCUUUUCUUCAGCAGCAGUCCAUCUAUACGCAACAACAACAGCAACCACCACAGCAACAGCAACUGCAUGGCGAGCCUCAAUACGCUGCAGUCCCGAUUCCUCAGGGCUAUACUGCCGUGUAUGGCCAUGGUAGCGCGCAAGUGCCCAGCAUGUACAAUGUUGGGCGCCAAUACUCCCAGCACCAGACGCCUUACCAGCAGCAACAGAAUUACGCCACCCAUUACCAGUCUCAUUCUUAUGCAGGUGUUAACCAACCGCAGGGCAGUGGAGUCUUUGCAACACAAACUCAGUCACCCAACCUUCCACGAGCCGAGCCGCUGCCUCAGCAGCCACACUCUCAGCAGCCGUACGCAACUGGGAGUGAGGUUCUUAGCCCUGUUUCCACGCAUCACAGUGAUGGCAUGCCUUUGAGCCCUGCUUCUGAGGAGCCUCGCAGCCCUCACGCGGCUCUCACCAGAGAAGCACUGGCACAGCAGGACGCUCGCAAAGACUUACAGGCUGAUCUUCUUCGACCGAAAGAAUCUCAUGGCGGCCUCGGUCCUUCGAAUAGUAACCGCGUCAGCCAAGUUUCCAACGACAGCCGCAGACAUGCCUCCCCCAAAUCUGAGCAAUCGCCCGUUAUCAGCCACAAGCAGCUACCGACUUCGCCAGCAUCUCUCUACAAUGAUCGACACGUCUCCGCGUCCAGCAUGUCGCCGCCUGUGGGCUUCGGCUCUGACACCGCUAGCCUCAGCCACGGCGCUGUCCGCACUGAAGCUACCAUCCCCGCUUCGCCAGCUGCGCCUCUAAUCAAGGACCUGACGGGUGAGAGUAGGGGCCAGGUCUCGGAUGACUCGCUGGCAUCAAAGACGAAGCUGGACAAGACAAAUGCUGCUACAAUCACUGCGGCGACGAAACAUGUCGCCGAACUCGAGGACACUGCGGAAGCCCGGAAGCGCACACUUCGCAUAAAUGAACAAGAGGAAAAGAUUGCGUAUGAUCCGGAAGAGGAGAACCCCAAGAUGAUGGCGACGAGCUAUCCCGGCCAAGAAUGGAAACCUGAUUACGGUGAUCCUAGUUUUAGCGACGGACCCGAGUAA